CCACCCCCCUCUCCGGCAUCCAGUCGCCGAGCGUGCGCCGAGUGGGCCUCAGCCGCGGCGGAAGAGGCAGGCCGAAGCGGGAGGAACGAGGCCUAGUGCCGUGGCUGCGCCUCUGAGGCGCCGGCGCCUGGACACGAGAGGCAGCAGCUGCUCCCCGGGGGCGCGAUGGUGUGAGGAAAAGGCUGGCCGAGCGAAGAUGGCCGGCGGUGCUGGCGUCGGGGGCGGAGGAGGAGUGGGCCGCAGCAGCAGCGUCGGGGGCUCCAGACACAGCCUCUUCCUGGAGGCUUUGGAUACAUCACAGUCCAAGCGAGAUGGAGGUUUCAAAAAUACCUGGGGCUUUAAUUGUUCAAAUGAAAGUGAAGAAGAUGCAGAAAAAGAUGAAGCCAGUCUGCUGAGUGUGGAGGAGAGUGAUGGAAGCUGCAGUCCCACUGGUGGGGAAAAAGUGCUGCGAUUUCACUCAGGAAAUAUUGGUGCCAGAGGUGAUUCUAUGAGAACAUAUGCUAGACGAAGCAAAAUUGAACCUGGUGUUUUAAGAGUAACCCCAAUUGAACUCAACAUGUUGGGAAGCAGCAAGAAAUUAAGUGAAAAUGUUCAAAAUAUUCCUUGCUCCGCAACAGUAGCACAAGCUAGACGCUGUCACCAUGCUCAUGCACAGACAUCUUUAGUAAAAACAGCAGCACAAAGCAAUCUGGAUCGAAAGGAAAGAAAAGAAUAUCCUCCUAACAUCCAGAAGAUAGAAAAUGACUAUGAUAGUUUGUCUCGGCUUCAGGAUAUGCGAUGUGUGAUGGAGAACAGAGAAGAAUCUGAGUCAGAGUCAGAUUCAGGAAUUACGAGGAAGGUACAACUGAAACGUCACUGCACUUUGUAUCAGUCCGGUUUGCUUCCAUCUCCUGCUACCAAAAAAUGUGCAACUCACCUAGAGGGCUUGGAACAGAAUACUUACUCCACCGUUUGCCUAUGCACAGGAAAACCAAAUGAAAGUCAGAUCAAAUGUCAAAUGUGUGGAAAUUUUUGUAAUGGGGGCUUGCAAAGGCAGUCCAUGCAAAAUGUUCAAUUAAAUGAUUCUUUGGGACAUUUAGCACGGGAACCAAUACAUGAGAAUUCAACAGGGCAAAAAUCUUUAAACACAGGACUAAAUACAAAGAAGUUUUAUGGAUCUUCUCCUGGGGCAGUUUCAGUUGAUUUCACGGUGAGGCGUAACAUCGGCUCUACUAUGUUGCGGCUGAAUGGAAAAGUCAGUUCUAAAAUUACAGGAAACUUAAGACAGAAGAAUACAACUGCAUCUGAUCUAAAUGAUCCAAUUGUCCUAUCCAGCGAUGACGAAGAGGAGGAGGAGAUUGGUAGCACUAACAGAAUUGAGAGCAUAUCGCCACGCCCAGCAGAUUCAGCCUGCUCUUCUCCUGCACCUUCCACAGGAAAGGUGGAGGCAGCCUUGAAGGAAAACACUUGUGAACUAGAACAAAGGUUAAGUAGUAUUACAGCAGACACAGAACCUGCAGUCAUAUUACCAAGAAAAUCAAGAAUGAAAGACCAGUUUGGCAAUGUUGUAGCCAAUGCUCCAGUAAAACGUCGCAAAGUCCUCUCCCAAGAACUUGCUACUGACGUCGUUGUGUCUUUAAAAUAUCAGAAUAAUUAUGAAAGCGUCAUCCUAAACUGUCGAAGCAUAAGAAUAGGAACCCUGCGAAGAAUGGUGGUGGAGCCUGUAAUUUUUUGCCUAGACUAUAUCAAGAUACGUCUGGAAGAACCAGAAAACGAUACUAGAGAUAUUUCUUUAAGAACAUCUGACCUUACAAAGUGUGAAUGGUGUGGUGUUCGCAAGUUGCCAGUAGUUUUCCUGCAAACUAUACCUGCUGCCUGUCAGAGCCUGAGGUCCCAACUGAAGAUGAACAAGCAAAAAGAUAAUGUCUGGUAUGACUGUAAAGGUGCAAAUCCUGAAGAACAAUACAUCAUUUUAAUUUUUGAGACGGGCCUUGAUCCACAUGCAAAUGCAAUAUUUGAAAAAAUAAUCCUUGAUAUUGGUGUUAGGAACAACAUUUCUGAUUUUUUUGUGAAGAUUACAUUUGAAGAAGCAAAUAGUAGGCUUGUGGCCUUUACAAAAUCCUUUGAAGACACUUCUAGAGGAAGCACGGCUCAUAAAGAAGGCAAAGCAAAACAUGUCUCUGAAUCCAAAAUGCAGCUGCGAAAUGCAACACAGUUCCAGUUUUUUGAUGAUGAUGAAAGUGUUGAACCACAUACAGUCUUUAUAGGUCCUAUAGAAAAGUUGAUUGUUUAUCCCCCACCUCCUGCAAAGGGUGGUAUUUCUGUGACCAAUGAAGAUCUUCAUUGCUUAAAUGAAGGAGAAUUUUUAAACGACGUAAUCAUUGAUUUCUAUUUGAAAUAUCUGGUGCUUGAACAAUUGAAAAAAGAAGAUGCUGAUAGAAUUCAUAUAUUCAGUUCCUUCUUUUACAAACGCCUUAAUCAGAGGGAGAGGAGAAAUCUCCAAGAAACCUCAAAACUUACAAUUCAGCAGAAACGGCAUGGACGAGUGAAAACAUGGACACGGCAUGUUGAUAUCUUUGAAAAAGAUUUUAUUUUUGUUCCUCUUAAUGAAGCGGCCCAUUGGUUUUUGGCUGUCAUCUGUUUCCCUGGUUUAGAAAAUGCAAUAUAUGAGACCAAUCCAUACUACCACGAAAAUGUAUCUAUGCAGGUUAAAUCUUCCUCUUUGGAUCAAGAAAGAAGCACUUCUUCUCCUGUACCUAGUGAAUUGAGUACGUUACAUCACUCCUCUUCUGCAUCUUUUACAAAGAAGGUGCUGAACAAGAAACAUAUUGCAGCAUUAACUGACACAAGCAUAGAAGCCGGGGAGACUGAAUCACAGUAUUGCAAAAGAAACCCUUCUGUGAAAAGUGGCUUAAAAAAACUAAAUCAGUUAAACAGCACCACAGAAGGACUGAGAACUGUAGAAUCUGUAUUUCAUAAACAUGACCAUAGGAUUUCAGAGGCAAAUGGCAUGCAGAACGAAGAUAAAAUUCACAUCCAGGCUACGGAUGGUUUACAGAAAAUUAGACUAAACUACAGUGAAGAUUCAACAGACAGCACUAAACUAAAUGAAGAUGAACUAAUAGAUUUUUCAGAAGAUCAAGAUAACCAGGACAACAGCAGUGAUGAUGAUGGUCUUGCGGAUGAUCAUUGUAAUUCAGAAUUAGGACAAUGGCAUCUGAAGCCAACUAUAUGUAAACAGCCUUGCAUUCUGCUCAUGGAUUCAUUGCGAGGGCCUUCCCGAUCAAACGUCGUUAGAACACUACGGGAAUACUUGGAGGUGGAGUGGGAAGUAAGGAAAGGCACUAAAAGAAGUUUCUCCAAAGAUGUUAUGAAAGGCUCAAACCCUAAAGUGCCACAGCAGAACAACUUUAGUGAUUGUGGAGUUUAUGUGCUGCAGUAUGUGGAGAGCUUUUUUGAGACUCCUAUUCUAAGUUUUGAACUACCAAUGAAUUUAACAGACUGGUUUCCUCGCCCAAGAAUGAAAACAAAACGAGAAGAAAUACGAAACAUAAUCCUGAAUCUACAGGAACAGCAGAACAAAGAAAAGAAGGGACAGAAGGACACUAAUUUGGCAGAGAAAUCUUUUCAGGAAGGAAUAGAACAAUUUAUCAGCAGCUGCUCAGACUGAAUAUUUUCUGUUGCAUGUUAUGGCUACAUUUU